AUGGAGCUCCUGGGAGCAACAAGUGCUGUCCUCCUGGUUUGCAUUGUUUGCCUGCUUUCCUUCACAGCAUGGAGAAAGAGGUUUGGAAAGGGGAAGAUGCCUCCUGGACCAAUUCCCCUUCCCAUUCUAGGGAACAUGCUACAGGUGAAACCAAAGGACCUGGCCAAAACCCUCCAAAAGCUCACUGAAAAGUACGGGCCAAUGUUCACGGUGUACCUGGGCUCAGAACCCGUGGUGGUGCUGCAGGGACAUGAUGUGGUGAAAGAAGCCUUGAUUGAUCAUGCGGACGAAUUUGCUGCCAGAGGACACAUGCCUAUAGGAGAGAGGGCUAACAAUGGAUUAGGCAUUAUUUUCAGCAACAACGAGGGGUGGUUACAAGUUCGUCGAUUUGCUCUCAGCACUCUACGCAACUUUGGGAUGGGUAAGAGGAGCAUUGAGGACAGGAUCCAAGAGGAAGCUGAGUGCUUGCUGGAAGAGAUCACCAAAACAAAGAGAAUGCCAUUUGACCCGACCUACAUGCUGAGCUGUUCUGUCUCCAAUGUUAUAUGUUCUGUCAUCUUUGGGAACCGAUACGACUAUAAAGACAAGAAGUUCCUGGCCCUGAUGAACAACAUGAACAACACCUUUAAGUUGAUGAACUCCUACUGGGGACAGCUCUACCAGAUGUACCCAAAGAUCAUGGAUCACUUGCCUGGGCCUCACAACAAAAUAUUCACAGAAAUUGAUUCUCUAAAAGCCUUUGUGUCAGAGGAGGUGAAGACGCACCAAGCUUCCCUAGAUCCCAGCUCCCCUCGGGAUUUCAUUGACUGCUUCCUCAACAAAAUGCAAGAGGAGAAGGAUCGUGCCAAUUCCCAUUUCCACUUGAAGAACUUGAUAACCAGCACCUUUGAUUUGUUCGUUGCUGGAACUGAGACAACUAGCACCACCAUAAGAUACGGACUUCUGCUUCUUCUCAAACAUCCAAAAAUACAAGAGAAAGUUCAGGAAGAGAUUGACCGGGUGGUGGGACGAUCACGAAGACCCUGUGUGGCCGACCGGAUGCAGAUGCCCUACACAGAUGCUGUGGUCCACGAAAUCCAGCGCUUCAUCUCCCUCACCCCCUUGAGUCUUCCUCAUGCUGUGACCAAAGAUAUCCACCUCAAGGAGUAUGUAAUUCCUAAGGGCACCACAGUCUUUCCCAUUCUCAGUUCUGUUCUCCAUGACAAUAAAGAGUUUGCAAACCCAGAAGAGUUUAACCCUGGACAUUUCUUGAAUGAGAAUGGCACCUUUAGGAAGAGCGAGUUCUUCAUGCCAUUCUCAGCAGGGAAGCGAAUAUGUGUUGGAGAGGGCCUAGCACGCAUGGAGAUAUUCUUACUCAUCACCAUCAUCUUGCAGAACUUUACCUUGAAGCCUGUUGUUGAUCCCCAGGAACUCAGCAUAACCCCGAUACUGAGUGGAACAGGAAACGUACCUCCUAUUUACCAGCUCUGUGCUAUCCCUCGCUGA